CACAUUUUCCAUACACAAUAACAACACUGUUGUUGUUGUUGUUGUUGUUGCUAACUUCCGCGUCUCUUUUGUUAGCAGCUAGCAAGCUAAGAUAGUUUGCGGAGCUUCAAACGGGAUUAUUCAGACACGUUUCGACCCCGGGGUUUCCACAGUUACAUGGCACACAUGAUGUAUUGGAUGAAAUGGAAAAAAACGAAACGAACCUAGUAAAAUAUAUUGACCGCGUUGGUGAAACUGUAUUCCGAUGCUGCGACGCCUAGUGUCGUGGGGGGAAGUGACGUUUCAUAUGACGUUUUUCUUCCUUUUUCUGGUGGCACUGCUUGGGUGUUUUGUUUUUUGUCCAUGAAUAAAAUACAAGACACAUCAAUUGUUUAUAGCAAUUUUGGUUCCUUUACAUACACGAAUAAUGUUAACAUUAAUGUGAAGAGGGGAAAGUAAAAACUGUCUAAAAAUCGUUGUCAGUGUUAAACGGGUGGAGGAGGGAUGCAAGCAGAAAGAAAGAUAGCAGAGUACGAGGAGGAAUUUUCUCCAACAAAAGAGGAGAACGAGCAACGACGUCAACUACUGGGCGCUUUUUUCAAGAAACCUCGAAUGGAGUCACACAUAGCAGAUCUUCCCCCGGAGCAGCAGGAGUGGACCUCCAGGGUGGAGCAGGAGGAGCCCCAGCACCCCAGUGUUAAAGAGGAAAAGGAGGAGCAAGUGUGGAAUCAGGAGGAGGCUGACAUCAGCAAGUUUCCCGUGAUUUGUGUGAUUGUGAAGAGCGAAGAUGACGAGGACGCUCAGUGGUCACAGCUCGAUCACAGUCAAAGCGAGGAGACGCAAAGAUCAGAAGCAGACGGCCUCUUAGCUGUGCAGUCAGACAGUGACGACGCGACGUCACAUUCUCCUGACACUGACGAGGAAGGCUCUAAAGCUGAUAUGACACGUCACACGGACAACACAAACUUUAAAUGCUCUCAAUGUGACAAAACCUUUGACAGGAAGACAGCUUUGAAGCGACACAUGAGGGUCCACACGGGAGAAACGUCAUUUAGCUGUUCAGCUUGUGGUGAAACUUUCUCUCAAAGGGAACAUUUGAUAGAGCACACGAGAACACACACUGGACAAAAAACCUUUUCUUGUUCAGUCUGCAACAUGAUUUUUAGUUUUCAUUCAACAAUGAUGAGACACAUGAUAACGCACACCGGCGAGAAGGCGUUUACGUGCUCCGUCUGUGGUAAAGGUUUCUCUCGAAAGAUGAAUUUGACGACACACACGAGAACACACACCGGGGAAAAGCCUUUCACGUGUUCGGUCUGCAACUCGAGCUUUAGAUUCCAGUCGACGUUUGUGAACCACAUGAGGACGCACACCGGCGAGAAACCUUUCACCUGCUCAGUCUGCGACAUGAGUUUUAGCGUCCAUUCGUCAUGGUUCAGACACAUGAGAACGCACACGGGGGAGAAACCCUUUGUGUGCUCUGUUUGCGGUAAAGGCUUCACUCGAAAAGUGAAUUUGAAAGAACACACAAUAACGCACACGGGGGAAAAACCCUUUUCCUGCUCAGUCUGCAACACAAGUUUUAGUUUUUAUUCAUCAAUGUUGAGACACAUGAGAACACACAGUGAGUAGAGCGGUUGCAAUUUUGCUGAUUAAUGUUCUAUGAAUAAAUUAAUAGUGUUCCCCCACCCACCCGACCUACCUCCAUACACCGCCACUUUGGACAUUUAGUCAUUCAUGGACUCAUUCACACAGUAGGGCUCAAUAGUCGCUGCAGAAUUACUGAAGCAGAGAAGCAAGCUGAAAGGAACAAACGUUUACGUUGUCAGGGGUGUCCAAACUUUUUCCACCGAGGGCCACAUCCAGAAAAAUGAAAGGAUGUAAGGGCCACAAACAUUGGUGAUGCUAAGAAGUUACAUAUAGUUUGGGAAAACUAUAACUCUUUUUUUCACAUUUUUGCUCAGCUUUUUUUUACAAAUAAUCUUUGUAAAUUUUCUUCUUGUAAUAUGAAGAUUUUAUUCCAAUAACAUUUUUGACUUUAUUCCCAUGAUAUUAUAACUUUUUUCCCAUCCUAAUUUAAAAAAAUGACAACUUUUUUUGUUUUGUUUUUUGAUUCCAAAAAGGAUGUGUUUUUUUCUUAAUAGUUCAACUCCAUGCUACUAAAAUGUUAUUUUUUUC